AUCACCAAGUAAUUUGUUUGUAUUUCUUUUUCCAGGGGAAGUUGACCAUAUCCCUAUGUUUGGAAAUCUAGAUGAGCGCUCACAAAGAUUGUUUCAAAGGUUUGUGGAAAAGCCUGCAGACCAUGGACUCUUGCCAAGACAUAAGCGUAAUGUUUUUCUGUCCAGUGGAUUACGCCUCUGCAGUCAAGAAACCGUGCAGCAAGCUGUCAGUAACCACCUGAAAUACUAUCAGCUCAGAGCAUGUCAGGAAAUAAUUUGGGAGGCUUUCAAAAUCUUCUUGGAUCGCCUCCCCGAUCAGGAGGAAUUCAAGAGCUGGAUGAGCCAGUGCCAGACAGAAAGACUCUCUAUACAGGAGAUUGGCACUGCCUUUAGCCAAUCAGAAGAACACUUAGCAUUUAUCCACAGAAGUCUCAGGCAGACCGGGCUGAAAAGACCUGAGGAGUCUUCCCAAGAACAAGACCAUGUGCCAGCAGGUGAUGAGCUUGCCGCAGAGACCACUGUGGUGGUGACCACAGCAGUUCCACAUGAGGUUGUCUCAGAGAGCAAGAAGGAAGUUACUGCAGAAGCACCAUCUGCUGUCAUGACAGUAGAGAUGGAUACUAAGGUGGUGUUUGACUUCAUACUGAUGUAA